AUGUGUGUAAGAGCAGUGAAAGUCAACAAUGUCUCCUUAGGUGCUUCUGAGCAAGACAUCAAGGAGUUCUUCUCAUUUUCUGGGGAUAUUGAAUAUGUUGAAAUGCAAAGUGAGAAUGAACGAGCUCAAACUGCAUAUGUCACUUUCAAGGAUUCUCAGGGUGCCGAGCCUGCUGUUCUUCUUUCGGGGGCCACUAUAGUUGAUCAGUCUGUUACCAUAUCUCUUGCACCAGAUUACAAGCUGCCACCUACUGCUUCGGCACCACCUACAGCAACGGAGAGCAAAAAUGCAGGUGGUGCUGGAUCUGCUGUCCAAAAGGCAGAGGACAUGGUCAGUAGCAUGUUGGCCAAGGGCUUCAUCUUGGGCAAAGAUGCCCUUAACAAAGCAAAGGCCUUUGAUGAGAAGCACCGGUUCACUUCAACUGCCUCGGCCAAAGUUGUUUCUUUGGACCAAAAGAUUGGGUUUAGUGAGAAAAUCAGCAUGGGUGCAACGAUUGUGAAUGACAAAGUGAAAGAAGUGGACCAGAAGUUUCUGGUCUCCGAGAAGACGAAAUCAGCUUUUUCUGCUGCUGAGCAGACAGUUAGUAAUGCUGGAUCUGCCAUUAUGAAGAAUCGCUAUGUGUUGACUGGGACUACAUGGGUUACUGGUGCUUUUAAUAAGGUCACCAAGGCUGCAGGGGAGGUGGGGCAGAAGACAAAGGAAAAAAUGGCUGAGGAAGAAGCGGGAAGAAAUGUGGCUGAUGGUUAUACUAAAAUUCGCGAGUCUGAAUCCCCCAAAGCUGCUACAAGCGGGCAACCUUCCAAGCCAGCACCUGCUCAGGGAUUGAUCCUUUGA